UCCUCCCCGUUUCAGGCGGAGAAGAGACACAGUCUGCCCUGGACCAUCGGGUAGUUCCAUCUAGAGCUUGCCUCACCAGUGCCGCUCCUUGACAACCUCAGGAGUCAAAAUUCAUCUUUGAGCCACCAUGGGUCGUAAGGAGAUUCACGGCAACUGGAAAAAAGUUAUCAGCAACAUCAAGGACAUCUUUGACUUCAGAGAAGUGCUGGGAUCAGGCUCCUUUUCUCAAGUGUUUCUGGUCAGAGAGAAGAAGACCGGAAACUUCUACGCACUGAAGUGUGUGAAGAAGAAGCUGCUCCAUCACAGCAACCUGGAGAAUGAAAUCACCGUGCUCAGGAAAAUCAAGCAUUCAAACGUCAUCGGUCUGCAUGACUUUUAUGAGACUCGUACACACUUCUACCUUGUAAUGGAGCUGGUGUCCGGGGGAGAGCUGUUCGACCGGAUCAUAGACCGGGGCAUGUACACAGAGAAGGACGCCAGUGAUGUCAUCAGACAAGUGCUGGAGGCAGUCAGCUACCUUCACCAGACAGGCAUCGUACACAGAGAUCUGAAGCCAGAGAACCUGCUGUACUACAGUCCAGACAAAAAUGCAAAGAUCAUGAUCAGUGACUUUGGCCUGUCCAAGAUGUCUGACAACAGUGUGAUGUCCACUCGCUGUGGCACCCCUGGAUAUGUCGCCCCAGAGGUCCUGGCACAAAAGCCUUACAAUAAGGCAGUAGACUGCUGGUCCAUUGGAGUCGUCACGUACAUACUGCUUAGUGGCUAUCCUCCCUUCUACGAAGAGAAUGAGACCAAGCUGUUCUCCAAGAUCAUGAAGGCGGAGUAUGCCUUCCACUCACCUUACUGGGAUGAAAUCUCUGAGUCAGCAAAGGAUUUUAUUCGCAGCAUGAUGGAGAAGAAUCCUAAUAAACGUUAUACCACAGAACAGGCUCUGUCACACCCAUGGAUUAUUGGAGAGACGGCGAGGAGUCAUGACAUCCAUGAGUCAGUCUGUGAGCAGAUACAGAGAAACUUUGUCCAGUCCAGAUGGAAGAAAGCUUUCAAUGCUGCGACGGCCAUCAGCCACAUGAAAAAGCUGCAGCUGGCCCACGAUGAGCCCCCACUGUGCCCCAUGGGUGCCGUCCCCGACAUCGAGGUGGAGGACGUGUCCUACCCCAUGCCCCCCAACAGCCACCUGGAGGGGUCAAAGGGCUUGUGCCCACUCAAACCCAGCUUCACCGAGCCCAAUCACGCCCUCGUCGUCACCGAGACUGGCAAGCACGCCUACCAUUCUGAGCCCGACCUGCCCUGCACUAAGAUAGCAACCAAUCGAAUAGGUCAACCCCUGCGGACCCUGAUAUGCUCUCUCAUGUGAUCACCAAACAAUGGAUUAUGUGGUCGUUGAUUGACAGCUAUAUCUUAAUCCAAGAAGCGUCAAGGAGUCUGUACACUCAAAGUCAACAGGUGGAAUUACCUGGUAGAGUUCACUCCGUCCAGAAAACUAGUGUGAAUUCAGGCAUCCACGAGAGUGAUUCAAUCCACUUGAAUGCUUUCACAAAGAUAUGCACUUUAAAGUCUGAUGUGUCACACAGCUUCUAGAGACAUUUCAAAUGAAUACAUCCGUAUAAACUGUGUAGGAAUGUAAGUGCAGAAGAGGGGAAGUUGUUUUCUGCAGUGUUGAACAUUCCUAAAUAUCACCGAGCAUGCUCAGUGUUUGUCAGGUGUCUUGAAAUGCCUUGAUUGGAAAGGGAUCUUCUAUUUACAACAAGGAUGAAUGAAGUGAACUGUGUUGACCCAUAUUCUGAACAGACUGGUUUGGUGAUGCGUUUAUGCGUGUUUUCAUGUCUGUUCUUGUUUGGUGUGCUCUUGACACACAUUUCUGAUGCGGAGCUCAGUUUCCAUGUAACGGGGCAAACAGACACAAGCACCACACCAAUGCCAUCAUUUAACCAAAUAUCAGUUGCCCUGUUGGGCUUGUGACCUUAUUUCAUCAUAAUGAUGUAGACUUGCAUAUGUAUUGUUUUUAUCAUAAUCAUUUGUCUGCUUUGAUAUCUAUGAAUUUGUUCAUUUGUAUACGUAAAUGCACUGAAGGCAUUGACUGUUUUUCUUUUUUUUCCCGGCAUGGUCGAAUGUAAUGUUACUCACUGACAAGGCUGAAUUUAAACAACCCCUCAUAGUUGUGCGAGAACCCUAGAUACUUGCUUUCUGACCAAGGGGAGCGUAUUUCUGAAGGCGGAAUGACUGCAUAUGUGCCACUUCUACAGUGAAGACUCCUGGAAGGUGUCCGCAGUUUUGCUACUGUGUACAGCAACGUUGCGCUGACAAACAUCCACAUCGGGUGUGAAUGGACAGUUUAUGACACAACCUGUGGAUAUCUCCUGUAUGCUUGUGUUUGUGUGUGUGUGUGUGUGUGUGUGUGUGUGUGUGUGUGUGUGUGUGUGUGUGUGUGUACAUGUGUUUCCUAACACAGUAGCCACUGCACACUGUACAUGUUGCUUCCAUAUGUUUCAAUAUGAGAUUAUCACAUACCUCUUCAUUGGAGGAGUGCAGUGGUUGAAGGUGCUGAGUUUGUUGACUCUAGUGGCAUUCUGUGGGAGGCUCAACCUGUUUUGUUGCACUCCUCACACUGUGACUGGACAGUAAAAACCCACUAUUGUACUGAAUAAAAGCAGUGAUCAUUGUUUGUCAUUAAAAACAUUUUUAUUCUCA